GCGCGCGGCUCUGCGUCUCUCUGUCGUCUCUCUCACCUCAUUCGUCUCUUUCUCUCUCUCUCUUCUCUCUCUCUUUCUUUUUCUUCUUGAAGCGGAAACAAACCUGUUGUUUGAGCGAUGCCUCGUGCAGUUCGUCUGUAGCUCCGCGCGCCCCUCACCAUGCGCGCGCUCACGGCGGUGUGCUGCGUGGCCGUGGCCGGGCUCAGCUGCCUCCUGAGCGGUGUGCCCUCGCCGCUCUCCCCGCUCUCUUGGAUCUCAUGGCUGUUGUUUUCGUCCCCAGAGCCGUCCAUGCCGGAGGCAAAGAGCCCGCAGGGAGUGCCGUACAGCGACCUGCCGCACAUCGUCAACGCCGACGGACUGCACCUGUUCUGCCGCUACUGGGAGCCCAGCGGCCCGCCCAGGGCCCUGGUGUUUAUCACACAUGGAGCUGGAGAACACGUAGGACGUUACGACGACGUGGCUCAGAGACUCAAGGAGCUGCAAGUGCUGGUGUUUGGCCACGAUCACGUGGGCCACGGGCAGAGUGAAGGAGAGCGCAUGAUCAUCAGAGACUUCCAGAUUUACAUUCGAGAUGUUCUACAGCACGUGGACCUCAUGAAGAACAGACACCCGGGCAUCCCCAUCUUCAUCGUGGGACACUCUAUGGGCGGUGCGAUCUCCAUCCUGACCGCCUGCGAACGGCCCUCGGAGUUUACAGGAGUGGUCCUCAUCGCUCCCUUGGUGCAGAUGAACCCGGACUCAGCCACUCCCUUCAAAGUUUUUGUGGCGAAGGUGCUGAAUCACAUGAUGCCAAGUCUGACUCUGGGAAACAUCGAGUCUAAGUGGGUUUCACGAGACCAGAAACAGGUGGAGGCGUAUGACGCAGACGAGCUGGUGCACCACGGGGGGAUGAGGGUGUCUUUUGCGAUGCAGCUCAUGGGGGCCGUGACCAGGAUCGAGAGGGAGCUGCCCAACAUCCACUGGCCCUUUUACCUUCUCCACGGCGACGCGGACAGACUGUGCGACCUCCGGGGCUCCCAUCUGAUGUACGACAGCUCCACCAGCACCGACAAGAAGCUCAAGGUUUAUGAAGGAGCGUACCACGCGCUGCACCACGACCUCCCAGAAGUGGUGGAGAACGUGCUGAAGGAAGUGAGCACAUGGAUCUCGGAACGACUUCCUGCGUCAUAGGUCACUGCACAAGCCCAUUAAAAGCAAACACUUGAUUUUCUACGGAAGAGAAGAGGAAACCACACUGUCUGCUAUACAAACAACUUAAACAGGCUCUUUUUUAUUAUGUUUUAUUUGCACAAUAGUUUUAAAAAUUCUAAACUUGUGGAUGGUGGGGUCAUUACAGCUCUGUUUUUUUGUUUAGUUUUUUAUUUUGGUCAGGGUUAAAAAGUGCAAUAAUGACCUUUGAAGUUUUUUUUUUUGGCGGGGAAAUCGUUGAACAAAGGGGUGGUCUCCGUGGUUACAACAGGUGAAUUUGCAUAUCAAAAAGAGGGGACACGGUCUCCAUGGCGAUACUUCCUGUUGCUGGGCGAGAUGCAAAUUAACUGAAUUCCUCGUAGGGACAAUAAAGUGUACCUAAGAGACAGUGCCACUCGGAGAUUAAUUUGGUCUAACGCUGGCUCCGACCGUUGCGUUUUAGACUGACGAAAAGCAAAAUAAAUAAACUGGACCGUUGCCAUGGCAAUCAACAAUUUCAACAAUUUAAAGGGCCCGUGUUAAACUAUUUUCUGUGAUUUUCCUCAACAAAAACAGACCUGGAGUCGUGUUUUGUUUCAUUCACGCACGUUUAAAACACAAGUCCUGCAUAUUUAUUGUGUUUCGAGUUCUUCUCUCAAACUGAAAACGCUCUGUUCCACCUUGUGAUGUCACGUGGUAAUACAGGAAGUGCUCCACUGUGUUUUUGUAAACUCCAUUCCGCUUCACUUGAAUCAUUUGGAUAAUUUCAGCCCUGGAAUUGCCCGUUUCUACUGAACAAAAGGUAAAACUUGAAAACUGCGUGACAUCACAAGGUGGGACGGAGCAUUUUGAGCAUUUGAAAUGUAAACACAUUAAUAAUUAAAGGUUACUCAAACACGUGAAUGAAACAAAACACAACUUUAGCUCUGUUUUUGAUGAGGAAACACACUCAUAUUAGUCAAUUUUGAGAAAUAAAAGACGUUUUUCAGUCAAACCCACGAAUAAAAAACAAAAAAACUAAACUAAAAUUCACUCCAUUUUAAUCAGACUUUUAUAAUCAUUACACUUGGACUUUUCCACCUGAUUACAAGUCCAUAAAUCUCCUUUUUAGUUCUUGAGGAGAUAACAGCGUUCUAACAUGGCUUAAAGCUUACAGUGGUCAAUUUUGCGUCUCAAAGUUCUCAAAAUGCCAUCGAUAAGAAGUACAAAGCGGAACAAAAAUAACGCAGUGUCAGCCUCAGCGUGCAGUACUCUUUAUUGACCACUAGAGGCUUUCUCCAAAAAAAAGAAAAUAAAAAAAAAAGAACCCACAUACUCCUUACUUAACAGAAUUUAAUAGCAGCCCAGAUCAGAUCCCUUGUUCACCAUUAUAGACGUGUUUAACAUCUCCCCUCCGUUCCCCCGCUCUGUACCGUCGCCAUGGCAGCAGCAGUCUUCCCUCUCCUCACUUUCUCUCCUCUUUUCACUCCUCUCUCUCGUUAGUGUUUUCUCUCACUGCUAUCGCUCCGUCUGUCAGUCUCCCCUGUAUAUGUGCGUGUGUUUGUUUGUGUGUGUGUGUGUGUGUGUGCGCGUUUGGGGAAGUAUGCGUGUGUGUGUUUCUCUGUGUGUGUGUGUUGCUCUUUUGUGUGAGAUAAUGAGCCCGAGUUGUGAACUGCAGCAGACUCAUCCUGAAUACUAAUCCAAACCGCACUAUUCAAAGCCUUCAUGACUCCAGCAUCCACAGGUUUACACGUUAAGAAUAGCGAUUUUUGACCGCGAUUACGACAAAACCGGCCGCGUUUCAAGUCCGAUUCGACUGCGACCGCCGUUUAUUUACUUUUACAGCGGCUCGUCGGGGCCAGGGGCGUCGCACUUUCGGGGGCAGAGGGUAAAGGGGCCCCUCUUAAAGUCUUCUAAUGUGCGUUUUUCAGUAGACAAACACGUGUUAGGAGUGCGGGGAAAAGUGCGCGCCGACCAAGAAGAAUUUAUAGCGACACCCCUGCUCUUGGCGUAUACUAAAACCUCUCUAAAAGUUGUUUUAAAGGUGCACUGCGUAACUUUUCUAGUAGAGGAUCCAUCACCCGCUUGUUUCUUUGGAGAUAUUUACCGUAUUUUUCGGACUAUAAGUAUAAGUUGCACCAGCCAAAAAAUGCGUAAUGAAGAAGGAAAAAAAACACAUUUAAGUCACACCGGACUAUAAGUUGCGGGGAAAUUUCAUCUUGAACAUUUAAUCUUGAAAGGCAAGUUUUAAUAAUAACAGUAGAAGAGAGAACAACAGACUGUUAACGUCACAUAUGAACAGUUCUUCAGAUAAAUAUAACAUAAACAAUAUAGCAGAACAACUUUACUAAACUCUCCAUCUCACUCCAAAUCACUAAAUCCAUUCAAUGCUUCAUCCUCGGUGUCACUUCUGAGCAACUCCGCGACCUCCGGAGGUAAACAGAGCGCCGCUUCCUCUUCUGCGUCGCUGUCGUCAGACUCGGCAUCAGUUCCAGUUAGAAUUAUUCCGGACUUUCUGAAUCCCGACAGGAUGGUUUCGGUGUCACUGAAGUUCAGGAUUUGUCCAUCCAUCCGGUGACUUUCAGGAAAGUUUCAGUAGUUGCAGUGAAGCUGUGUUCUCCCUCACAAGUUUCACGCUCACUCCGAACUUUCUUUCUGCUGCUCGAUUACCGCUUUUCGGCUGCAUAUUUCACUACUUGCAGGAGACAUGUGCAGUAGAGCAAAGUGACACAAGUGAUACAGGAGUAACAGGAGCAGCAGAUACUGACACAGAAGUCUAGAGCCUCUCGCGCCUGUCAGUGUGAAAAUUUUAAUAUAUAAGUCGCACCGGAGUAUAAGUCACAGUACCACAUAAACCAUAAAAACAAAGCAACUUAUAGUCCGAAAAAUACGGUACUGUUACUGCUUCUCCAGCUUUUAUUGAUUUAUUUAUUUUUAUUGUUAAAGAAAUCAUUAUAAAUCCUGCAUUCUUACUCUGUGCUGGCUCACCUCUUCACAGACCUGAGAUUAAAGCCAUACCGUGCAACAUUCCAGGCAUAGUAAUAACUGCGAUAUCUCCGUACAGACGAGCGCAGUGCACCUUUCUCGACUGGACAAGUUUAGUAAAUAUUUCAUGUUUUAAAUUCACUUGUUUAAAUACAUUCUUUUACAGUUUAAAUGACCUUCAUCAGACACUUAUUUCAUGACAGUAAAUAGUAUUUUAAUGACAUUUAACAUUUGAUCCUGCGCAUGUAAAGAGCCACAACAAUAUGAAACGUUAUUGGUACCACUUUAUUGUAACUAUUUUAAUUAAGCUUAAUAUUUAAUUCUUUAAUGAACAAAAAGUUUAUUAAGAAUGAUUCAUGAGUACUUAAUGAAUACUCUAAAACUCCUUUACCUUUUAAUUAAGAAUCAUAAUAACUUUAUAUCAUUAUGUUCAUGCUUAAAGGUGCAUUAUGUAGCUUUUCUGUAUUAUUUCUGCGCUUGGUAUGUUCCACAGUAUGGCAUUAAAAGUAUAUUCAGCCUUUGUUUCAUUAGAGGUGAUUUUAUUGUUCAGAAAUAGCUUUUAAUAACAUGUAUUCUUGUGCGAGCGGGCCCGCCUCUCCACGGAACUGGUCUGUACCUUGACUUGCUUGUCUCCAUGGAGAUCGAUGAGUUUAAUGCCUCACUGGGAAACAUUUCUGACUGAACAGUUCAAGAAAAGUAACACAGUGCACGUUUAAAGCUUAUUUUGGUGUAGUUAUUCUAAAGUGUUACCAAGUUUUUUUUGUGUUAAUUCUGUUUAAUUCAAGAUUCAAAAUGUUUUACUUGUGACACUUUCGUUAUAAAAAAAACGUAGCGUCGCAGCUGAUAAUCGCUCAGAAUCACGGCCGGUUUUCUCUCCGACCCACUUUCGAUUUGAAGUUGUGAAUCUUUUGACUGUUACUGAAGGAGGCAGGGACAUUCCUCUCUCAACGAGGCUCUUUUUCGACUUUAUGACUGUUUCUGAGGACGGGCCAGUCUUUCGUCAAACUGACCACAUUCUAGACACAACUGUACUCGUAUCUCUGACGCUGGGGUCAACGGGAAUCCGCGCUGAGGUUUGAGAAGCUCUUAAUCAAAAUGCUGCUUUAAAAUUAUAACAUGGAUACUGCAGUUUGCUCUUUAUUCUUACCAAAAAAUUAUAAAAAUACAUUAGCAGAUGGUUGUAGGAUAAAGUGAUCUCGUAUAUUUGCUGUUUUCAUUGCGUUGCCAGCAGCUUUAUAAAGAAGUGAAGUGAGCCCCUAGUGGUUAAAAGUUGUAAUAACAGUAAAUUAAUUAAUUAUUACGUGCAGUUUUUUAUAAUAUUUCACAAAGUUAGAAAUAUAAGGAUGGAUUCUUAAUAUUUUUAACUUGCAUUUUCUCAUUUUCUGACAUUUUUAGAUAUAAUUUAAUGUUGCCUGUACUGGGCUUUAAACUCAUAACAUUUUUACUUUGCCUAUUUUCAAAACAAAGCACAAAAACUUAAAUUCAGAGUUACUGAUUUCUCAAAUGAAACAGAAAAUGCACAACGAAGGUUUUUGUAAAGGUGCAAAUGCAAGGAACAGGAAAAUAAAAGUGAAAAAAAUCCAUACCACACUCAGAUGACCGAUGUCCGAAAGCUUUUUAUUUUUAUUUUUAAAUAACGUUUCAGCCCCAAAGCUUCCGUCAGAUGAUUUUUUUUCUUCCUUUUCUUGUAUACUGCGGUUCAAAGCAAGAAAAAUGAUUUGACGAAGGCUUUUUUGCUGAAACGUUAUUUAAAAAUGUUUAAAAACGCUUUUGGACAUCGGCCAUCUGAGUGAGCUCUGGACAGUGUUGGGAAGGUGACUUUUAAAAUGUAAUUCCCCUACAGAUUACAGAUUACAUACACCAAAAUGUAGUUUGUAACAGAAUCCAUUAAAUUACUUAAAGUGAGUAAUGUAAUCUGAAUACUUUGGAUUACUUGAUUUGCUGUAGAGAAGCAAAGAUGAGGAAAUCGUAACAUAAGAUGUUUUGUCUGAUAAAAGAAAAUGAAAAGACAGAGUCUUUAAAAAUAUUAUUGAUAAAAGAGGAGGAGACACGGUCCACGCAGCAUGAUUUAGUCCUGUUAAAUCCUGUUUUAGACCUG